AUGGGCCCGUCGCGGGAAUCAAGUGAAGCUGGGGUUCACCGGCGCCGGCUUCGGCAAAAAGGGGUGGUGCUGGAUGCGGUGCCGCUCAGGCAGAUCCCCCCGGUGCAGAAGAAUGAGGCUGGGAUGUGCUCCCUGACCAGAGAAUCGAGCCCCCGUGUGCAGUUGGCAUGCGAGGAAACCCUGGGAGAAGACGAAUUCGAAGAGGAUUGUCAGCUCCAGUCACGGACGAGAGAGGUUAACCAGGAGGGUAAAGGGCCUGCUGGGGCGAAAAAUGGGGCCGCUAAUUUGGAAACAGGACAGGGUUCUUGGAAGCCCACCGAUUCUUCGUCGGAUGAGGAGUGCCCCGUUUUUGAAGUUAGGCGCCGAUCUCCCCAGGGCAAUCAUAGUCUCAAACGCUUGGCUCGCUCCAAUCGGGUUAACCAAGUGGUCAAAGCCUUUGAAAAAGGGAUGUCCAUGGCUGAAACGGAGACACCUUUGGCCCCGAACAUAAAUGGGCAGGGAGAUGCUGGAUUGGCCAUUACUAUUGAUGAGUAUGGUACUAAUAUUACUGAUAAGAUGCAAAGUCAUAAGAAGCGGCAAUUGGAGGACAUACUAGGGGAGGACGAGGAGAGUCCGAUUCCCAAAAAACAAUUUGUGGAAGUUAUGGAAGAAGCUGAUAAGGUGGAGGAAGCCAGCCUAGAGUGGCCCCCUGUUGAUAAAUGA